CAAAAUUAUUACGCUCAAUACAUCCUUCCAAAGCAUAUCGAGCAUAUUAAGGCUCUUGGUGAGCAAUUCGGCCAUCGUUUCUACUUAUAGGACGACGGUGAUUCAUCGCAUGGGAUGCGAUCCUUGAUGAAUCCAGCCGCGCAGGCUAAACCCGCGGCAGGUAUCUUGAUACUCCCCAAUCCAGCGCAAUCGGCUGAUCUCGACCCCAAUCGAGUCAAUUUGGCAGAUCAUAAAGUAACGGCUACGCGGCGGGAGGUGGGAGACGGUGAAAGAGUUCAAGGAGGCGAUCCUACGCGAAUGGAAGCGUAUUACACAGCAGCAAAUCCGUUCAAGGACAUCUGAGAUGCGUUGGCGAUGUGAGAAAGUAGUAAAACUUAAGAGAGCACGUAU